UAAGCCAAGCUGCACUAGCUUGGAAACUGUGCAGUAGCGCACACGUGUUCGAAGAUGGCAGAAACUAAAGAAGAUUUAGGGGUUAGAACUAAACGCUACUUGAAAAUAGCAGUGAAGUAUGCCUUUUCUCACGUGGGUCUAUGCUUUUUGGUGAUUGGUUAUGCCAUUAUAGGCGCACUAACUUUUCAAGCUUUCGAAUCUCAGCAUGAAUUCAACGAACGUCGACACGAAAGGAAUUUACGAGAAAUGACAAUUAAAAGAGAGUUGAGAGAAAUAGAGAGAGAUCGAGAAGAAUGCAUUAGAGAACUAUGGCGUAUCACUGUAAGGAUGAAUAUAUUAUAUGAAAAUAAUUGGACACAUUUGGUUCGUACAAGAAUGAAGAAAUUCGAAGAACAUAUUUUGGAUUUGAAAAAACCUACAGAAGACAAACCUAUAGAGCCAGAACCUCAGUGGACUUUUCCUGGUGCACUUCUAUAUUCUAUUACUGUCAUUACCACAAUAGGUUACGGAAAUAUUGCACCAAAAACAAGAAUUGGAAAAAUAACAACUAUAUUCUACGCCUUAUUGGGCAUACCACUUAUGCUUUUAUUCCUAAGUAACAUUGGAAAUUUAUUGGCUAGGACUUUUACAGUUUUGUAUCAUAUUUCGUGUAAAUUAUGUACGAGAAAACGAGGAAAAAGUGAUGAAAAUGCAAAGGACGUGUGUUUGGAAGAAAUAAAUAAUCAUACUGAAGCAGAACAAAUAGAAUGUAUAUCUUCGGUGGAUAUAUCACCCAGUGAAAACCUUCCUAAAACAGAAAUUAAUAUAAAAACACAUUCAGAACAAGUAGAAGGAAGAAAAGGUGUUCCAAUUUUUGUCGUUCUUUUGUUUGUUACUUUUUAUAUAUGUCUGGGUGCUCUGAUUUUCGAUUUAUGGGAAGAUUGGGAUUAUUUAGACAGUGCUUAUUUCUGCUUCAUUACUUUGAGCACGAUAGGAUUCGGCGAUUUAGUUCCCGGAAGUUCUAUUUUGAAUCCACAAGCCAAAGGGAGCCAAGCUAAACUCAUAAUUUGCUGCAUCUAUCUGAUAAUAGGAUUAGCGUUCAUUGCCAUGUCAUUCAAUUUGGUUCAAGAAGAAGUUACAUACAAAUGCAAAAAUAUCGCCAAGAAAUUAGGAUUAAUAAGCAGCGAAAAUGAAACAAAGUAGUCUUUAAAUCCCUUCGUACUUCUCUCCAAUAUAUUAAAUUAACUAUACUUAGUGUGUGUAGAAUUAGUUUCGAAAGUCUGUAGUAUAUUUUAAACAGAACAUUUUAUGCGCCAAGGUUACUUCCAAGA